AUGAGGGAAGGUCUGCGUAGUCGUGUAAAGAAGCGGAUUUCACAUGUAAGUUUAUUAUUUUCUCAUUUUGCCAUGUACAAUAUCGUUUUUAAGGUUAGUCUUAGAUUUUUGAGUCUUUUCGAUAUUUUUAUCUUAUAUUUGCAGCCUUAGGCUAUUUUAUGCAUUUUUGAGUUGAUUGGACUUUGUAAGAUUUGAAUUUCCUAAUCCACCAACGUUUUAUUCCGAUUUCAUCUGCGGAUUCGGCGUUUUUUGUGGAGGGCGAGAGAGCGGGCGGAUUGGGGAGAGUCGGCAGACAAUUGUCUUCGCCUCAUUUUUUGUGCUUCCCGAAUGGAGGAGCUAUAGGCGAAGACGACUAAAGCAUCCGCGCGCUGGAUCAAUGUUACAUAACUGUUCCUAUCAUGUCUUUACGACUUUUGGGUAUCAAAAAUGUGUGCUGAAUAGGCCUACUAUAAAAGGCGGCUUGAAGGUGUUAAAACAUCAGUUCAUCAAUUCUUUCGUGUUAGGUUAGGUCCUCUUAGAGCUUAGGCUAACGCGAUACUUUGUUUUUUAAUAUAUUAUAAAGACUUAAUUAAUAUAACUAUAUCUUUAGCCUUUGUCUUUCAAAAUGUCGACUCCAGAAGACUCACAGCAAUCAACGUCGGACCGUGAUGAAGUGUCCAUGGACGUGCCUUCCGAGAUGACGAUGGACGUUGACAUGUCGAUGAACGAAAACAUAUCCGAGGUAAGCUUAUAGUCUUUCAAACAUAUUUUUGGUUUAGGAUAACUUAACUUUAGCCUAUUUUUGAAUAUAUAUUACAUUUUUUAAUAAAUAUGGAAGGUACGAGAAUGGUGUACAAGUAUAAGUAAAAAUAUUAUUCCGACACUUUCUUUGAUCUCAAAAAUAAUUAAAUUCAAUAUUAUUUUGAAAAACCAUAUUAAAGUCUAUUUUUAAUUAUAGAGUAGAGCAAAUACCCCAAAUGGUGCUAUGUCAACAUGUUCAGAAGUAGCAGAGGACCAAGCAGAAGAGGCUAGCGGGUCUACGCCUUCUUCUAUACGACACCUACGAUCUUCGGGCAUUGCUGUUGAAGACAAAACAGAAGAUGUUGUGAAGAGGAGAUCAGUUAGAAAGUCGUUUUUGCAAAACGAAAAAAGCGACAAAAGACCACAAGACCAGCCAGGUAUUGGGGACGGCUUCCAAGCUGAGAUCCCAGACUUAAAACAAAGUUCGGCGGACGAUGAAGAGAAGGAACUCGUCAUGUGGUUACCUAAAAAUGAAUUCGCUUGGGAUCUGAAUGUCAGAAAGUAUAUUGAGUUAGCCAGGACGUGUAGGAACGUUAACGGUGACUUUGCUCUACGACAUCUGUUUGAACGAGGUUACGAUCUUGCCAAAGCACUACAAGAUUUUGAGAAACUUCCACUGCCACAGUACGUAUGGAAGACUGUAGAAAUAAAGGAUCUCGUUAAGAAACUGUCACAGGGCCGCAAGGUUCAACAUGUACAAAAAUAUGUAAGUUAUUUUCUUGUUUUCACAAUUUUAGGUACAACAUUCAAGUUCAUAUUACUUAUAUCGUGAUAUUUUAUGGCCUUACACAUAAGCAUUUUUUUAUUAUCAUGAAAAACAUUUUUUUAAAAUAUAUUACCUAAAAUCUUUGCAGUUUGCCGAGCGAUACGGGUACAGCGACGCACGAGCCAGAGUAGUUGAGAAGCGCUACGAACUGCUACACAGGUUGUGUUACGGUGAGUCUAGGUGGUUAUGUCCAGCCAUGAUGGAUCGUACAGAAGAAGAACCUGUCACAUCUCGUCGAGAUUGCCACAAUUGUAACAGCAGUGUCAAAAGCAAGGAAUCUUUGUGUAAUGUAUGCUCCUUCUACAAACAGUUGUACGGUAAAUCACGUCCGGUAUCAGUCAAACUGCAGGACGAUGAGUACGUGUCCAAGAAGUUGGAUGCUCCUAUUGAUUACAACUAUCAAGAGUAGGUUUUUGUUUAAUUAUUCGGGUAAUAUUUUACUUUUAUACCUAAAAAAUAAGUUGUUACUUAUUUUUGUUUUACAAUCAGAUAUAGUUUAUAUAUGGUAGUGGAUAUAUUUUUAUUUUAAAGUUUUAAUUUUUUGUUUUAUUUCAAUUUUUAAUAAAUUUUCAUUUUUAGAGAGCACUUUGACUGUUUCCAAGAACAAAAGUUGGGCAAUGUCAGAAGAAGAACUGAAUGGAAUGAUACCGAAAAGGUCAAACUAGUCAGAGGUAAGAUAAAGUCUACUAUUUCUAAAACUACAGUUAGGUACUGUAUAGUUAUUCAUGUUGUAACUCUACAUUUUAUUUUUUUAAAUUUUUUGAUUGCACUGAAGUUUCAGAAACUUCAUCUGAAGUUUCUUUGUGUGAUAGAUUUAUAGACAAAAAUAUUUUUUAAAUUUUAUGACGUUUUUUUGAGUAGCUUUCAAUUUUGUAAUCAUUUUAUAAUGUUUUCUUUUGUAGGUUUCCGUGAAUUGGGAUUGAACUACGCAGAUAUAGCCGCUCGGUUAGAAAACAGAACGGAAGAAGAGGUGGAGGGCUUCUACAUUGAGUUCAGGGGUCGAUACAACCUGGACGAAGUAAGUUAUUUUAUAUUUCUAAACUAUUAUCAAUAUAUAUUUUCUAUGUGAAUUCUUUCCAUUUCAUAACAAGUAUGCCUUAAAUUAACCAAGAUUCUUUGAAAUGUAAGCCUAAACCUUUAAUUUCAGCUCAUCUCCAACUAUGACCGUGAACUAGAUGCUUCAAGCAACCCGAGGAAUCGUCGUACUCAAGAAGAUCGUACUCCGACUCCAACAGAAGACAGCGAGAACGAUGUGGAUCAAGAUGAAGUGAAGAUCUCGAUUAGACAACCUACUACAAGAUCGUCAAUCACCACCCGGAACAAAGCCCGCACUACAGUGGAAGGAGUAGCAUAA